AACGAGAGAUUCUCAGAUUUUUCGUCUGCGGACUGCAGACUGCAGAGCCAGCAGAGCAGAGUCAAACAUGGCGUCAUUAAGGUUAUUUAAUAUUUGCAAAACUGGCCAAGCUUAUAUAAAACCAGCAGUGUGUUCAAACCUCAUUCAGGUCAGAACUACAUUCAAAAAUGUCGGGUACCAGGACCCGAGCAUGGAAUGGAAAGAUAUCACAGAGAGAGCUGCACAAACAUUGUUCUGGACCGAGCUGGCUCGUGGGUUUGCCGUCACACUAGGACAUAUGUUCAAAGAACCGGCGACCAUCAACUAUCCGUUUGAAAAGGGGCCACUCAGUCCACGUUUCAGAGGAGAACACGCAUUGAGGAGGUAUCCAUCAGGCGAGGAACGCUGCAUCGCUUGUAAACUGUGCGAAGCCAUCUGUCCGGCACAGGCUAUCACCAUCGAGGCGGAAGAAAGAGCUGAUGGCAGCCGACGAACUACGCGCUACGACAUCGACAUGACCAAAUGUAUCUACUGCGGAUUUUGCCAGGAAGCUUGCCCUGUAGACGCUAUUGUUGAAGGACCUAAUUUCGAAUUUUCCACCGAGACGCACGAAGAGCUUUUGUACAACAAGGAAAAGCUGUUGAACAACGGUGAUAAAUGGGAAUCUGAAAUCGCUUCAAACAUUCACGCUGAUCACCUGUAUCGCUGAAUCGGUUUGAGUAGUUUUAAGUAGAAAAUCUUCAUUGUAAAGUUAAAUGGCUCAAAUAAUAGCCAGUGAAUGUGAAUAUUGAAAUGAUACAUUGUUAUAUGAAAUGGUAAUUAUACUUAGUUUUCAAAUGA